UCUCAGCUCAUCUGCAAAGUGCAGUGCAGGUCUGCGGCACGGAGGCAGCGAGGCAGCGACGCUGAAGUGCUGGAAGAGAACUUUAGCAGGCGGUGGGACUUUCAUAGCCGGGCUGCUCGCUCAUCCGUCGACCAGUUAGGCCAGAGAAGCCGAUCUAAAUGGCCAGUCCAGGGUCAGAGGCAGGACGGCAUCUACAUCUGCAGCACCAGCCCGCCGAGUCAGUCUCAGAGCCGGCCGUUCGCGAGGCUCAGAAAUGGAUCGAGGCGGUCACUGGCAGAAGUUUUGGGGAGAAGGACUUCAGAGGCGGUCUGGACAAUGGCAUCCUGCUGUGCGAGUUGCUCAGUUCCAUUAAACCUGGUCUUGUGAAGAAGAUAAACAGGUUGCCUACUCCAGUAGCCGGUCUGGAUAACCUGGCGCUGUUUCUGAGAGGUUGUGAGGAGUUGGGACUGAAGGGCUCUCAGCUGUUCGACCCUGGAGAUCUGCAGGACACACGCACCAACAAAGGCUCAGACUGCAGCAGGAAGCUGAAAAAUGUUUUGAUCACAAUCUAUUGGCUGGGCCGGUCAGCCAAUAGCAGUGCUACGUAUAACGGGCCCACUCUGGACCUGCGCGAGUUUGAGGGGCUGCUGUCACAGAUGCGAAAGGAAGCGGAGGAUUGGGACAGUCCUAAGCGCAGCAUCAGGGACAGUGGUUAUAUUGACUGCUGGGAGUCCGAGCGCAGUGAGUCUUUGUCGCCGCCGAGGCACACACGGGACGACUCCUUCGACAGCCUGGACUCCAUCGGCUCCCGCUCACGCCACACCCCCUCUCCCGAUGGCCUGAUCGCCCGCGGCUCCAGCGAUGGCCGUGGCAGCGACUCGGAGUGUGACGUUCCCCACAGGAAGCUCCCGGACAUGCGGCGGGACGAUAUGCUGGCAAGGCGAACCUCUUGCAGCGAGCCGCGAACUGCAGUACCCUUCAAUCAGUACCUGCCCAACAAGAGCAACCAGACGUCCUACAUGCCCACGCAAUUGCGGCGCCAGCGCACUGAGCGCGAGGACAGCCGCAAGAGCUGGAGCAAUGCCACUUCACCUGUAGGAGGAGAAAGACCUUUCAGUGAAAGUCCUUGUCAUGCUUUAGAGUUUUCCCCUGCAGUAACCGGUAUAGAAACUCUGUGUGUAGAUCCAGCCUCUAAAGACCACCAGUCUGAAGACUCACACUCAGAAACUGACUCCCCCCAUGGUGACACCACCAACCCUUUAGCUAAAACCCCUCCCAUUAUAGACCCCCACCCCAAAAACCACCCGUCCCCUCCUUCUCCAGAAGGCCAGCAGCUGGAACAUAUGGACGAUGAGGAUCCAGAGGAGGAGCAAGAGCAGAGAACAUGUGUGGCAUCACAUAUAUCCAUUCAGAACCUGAUGUCGCCCACUGAAAGCCUUAGAACCAUGAAGACUGGAGAAGAAACACCUGAAUGCAGCCUUGCCCCAGAGUCCACCUCACCCAUACAGCAGAGCCAUGCAGAGGAGCCAGAGCAUGAAACUACCAACAAUAAUCAAAGGAGUAUGAGUAUGAUUGACAUGAGGAGCGAAGAAGACUCCGUGCUGCCAGCCCACAGUCAGGUCCGUCACGAGCUGAUGCAUGGCCAGUAUACCCGGAUGAAGGAGGAGGAGAACCACUGGCAGGACGAUCUGGCACGGUGGAAGAGUCGCAGGAGGAGUGUGUCUCAGGACCUGAUAAAGAAAGAGGAGGAGAGGAAGAUGAUGGAGCAACUGCUGAACAAAGGCGAAGGCUCACAGAGGCGGAAGAGUAUAAAGACCUACAGGGAGAUUGUGGAGGACAAGGAGCGUCGAGAGCGGGAGCUUCAUGAGGCGUACCUGAAAGCUAAAACUCCAGAGGAGGCGGCUGCUGUGCUGGAGCGUUACGCCCAGCGCUUCACCAUCAGCGAGGCUAUACUGGAACGCCUUAAACUGCCCAAGCUUUUGGAGCGCAGUGUAUCUGCUGACCCCACACGCCUUUCCACCUCCCCCACCACUCCUGACCCCUUCACCUCCUCGUCCAGCCCGCUGCAGUACCUGCGCCAGCAGUCCCUACCUGUGCCCAAAUUCACCGCCACUGUGGAGGCCCGAGUAAUAGGAUACGGAGCAGGUCAGGGGGACACAAGCAGAAGUUCACGGGCCUCCCGUCUGGAGCGGAGCGCACCUUUACUCGCCCCCAAACCGUUCGGCCGUGGCAGAGCGGCCAGUGCUGAGGAGAGAUCGUCCAAGUGGGAUGAAAUGGAGCGAGUGAACGGCGAAACGGACGAUGACCGCAGUGCAAGAGAAGAGCAAGAACGGGAGGCAGAGAGAGAAGAAGACUCCUCUCCUAUGCUGUUCUACCCAUCUCCUUCCCAGAACACAGACUCAGAUAGCACAGAACAGCCCACCUCAGAAUCUCAGCCUUCAGACAAACACACAGCCUCAAACGCACCGACAUACACCUCAGAGCCAGAGUGUGUGGAGAGAGCAGACUUGGAGGCAACGAGACAGUGUGGCAUGGUGCCAGAAGCACAGAGCCAGGAGAAAGAGGAAGCACAGAAAGAACAGACGCCCAGCCGACCCACCUCUUUACCCACGCAGCUGCCAGUUGAGGAAGAGGAGCUCCCACAGGCCAGGGCAGUGUCUCCACCUGUAAAAGAAGAGGAGCCCAGCACACGGGCAUUACCAGAGAGCGAGCGAUCUCCAGAGAAGCUGACCGUGGAGAGUAUGGACUGUACUGUAAUCAGCCAGAAUGGAGCAGUGCAGACGGCACAGGAGACGCAGGCUCCCUCUCACAGCGACACUGCAGCUAAGGAGGUCAUCAAACCUCUCUUGGAAUCUCCGCUGAGAACUGCAAAGCAGCCAGAACCAGCCAGCGAAGACCAGUCUAAACCCAGGCCAGCCUGUGAACCUCCAGCAACAGAGCUGAACAGUGCCCAGCUAACACCGUUGUCCAGUAACCCUAAGUUACGCUGGGACUUCUUCACCUCGUCAGAGUCUGCAGAGAAAGAGCAUGGAAAUGUUGCUCCCACGGUUUUGAAUCUGGUGAAGCGGGGCGAGCACUUUUCGUGGGACCCCGAGGAAGAGCGCAAACGGCAGGAAAGGUGGCAGCAAGAGCAGGAGCGCAUGCUUCAGGAGAAGUACCGUCGUGAGCAGGAGAAGCUGAAGCAGGAAUGGGAGAGGGCUCAGAAGGAGGUGGAAGAGGAAGAGAGGAGAUACCAUGAAGAGGAGCGAAAGAUUCUAGAGGAAACGGUGGCACCUUUGACGCCACACUCACCAAUGCCCCCCUCCCCAUGCUGGCAGGAGACCACCCACCUCCCCAGCAACCCCACCCAGCACAGCAUCGUCCGCUCACUGGCCGACUGGGAACGCAAGCAGGAGGAGAUGGAGAAACAGACGGGGACCUUGGAGAAUAAGAGACAAAGGGAAAAUGAGAGGAACAAACCGGCAGGGACAAAAGAGGAGCUUUCCCAGGCAACAGGAAGCCCUCGACAGCCUAGUGGAGACCGGCUGGUGGGUCAGCCCAAUGGACAGAGAGAAGGAAUGGAAGGGCAGACUCAAAGUCCAAACCAAGAUCAGGACAGCCAGAGUGUUUCGUGGAGUAGCAAGGCUCACCAGCAGUCAUCAGAGUCCUGGAAAAAGAGUGCUUCACUGGACUGCAGCAGGAACCCACAGCCAGCAUCUGGAGGACGUAGAAGGUCUGACUCCAUAGAGUAUGUUGGUGUAAAGUCAUCACAGUCAUCUUCCUCACACACAGACACACAACAACCUCCUCCAUCACCAAACAGAUCUGUCAGUGGGAAGAAGCUGUGUUCGAGUUGUGGCCAUCCACUUGGUAAAGGAGCAGCCAUGAUUAUUGAGACUCUCAGCCUUUACUUCCACAUCCAGUGUUUUAAGUGUGGGAUCUGUAAGGGACAGCUGGGUGACACCACCACCGGGACAGACGUGAGGAUCCGUAAUGGUCUGCUGAACUGUCAUCAGUGCUACAUCCGCUCUCGUUCUGCUGGUCAGCCCACCACCCUAUGAGCAGGCUUGGUGUUUUGGGACCACCUGAACAGCUCAGUCUCACCCACCACCACUUCCCACUAUCAAGCCAUGCUUGGACUGGUCACAUUGACACCUGCAUCUUCGGUUGAGAUCAAUGCAAUAUUUCCAAGUCAAGAGGUUUUUCCUUUAUGCCCAAAUGUAUAACUCCCACCAAGUGUGUUAAAGGCCUGGUGCUUUUAUUAAGGUUGAAAUAACCAAAAACUUAGCUGAUGGCUCCAUCUCAUCAAUCUCUGUUUGAGGGUGCGAUGAUUUAUAUUUUUUAUGGAGGAUUUAUUUGGUCCACUUAUAACAAACAGCUGUGCUCAAAGCGGUCGUCACUUUUCUGAGUAUAGCAUGAAGUAUAGCAUUAUCUACUUUACUACAAAUAAAGGUGUUUUUGUUGGAAGUAUAGCAAGGAAAUGACCACGUUACCACUAUUUUUGACUAUUAUUUAGAGCUUUCUCUGUAUUAAGGUCCAUUUUGGUCCAUAUGGAUGUUGCUGAGGCGAACAGUCCGUCUCAGCUGCUGCGUGUUCUUUCCUGAUCUUUGUGAUUGCCGGAAGUCUGUAAUGGUAGCUGCAUCUGAUUGAUAGACAUCCAUUUCAUUCGUUUGCGUUCACUGGGCUAAAGGAAAAACAGAACCAAGUCAGGCUGCUUUCACAAAACAUUUUGGUGUCCGUUUAAAGUGCAUUGACCUGUGCGGCUGGUUUGUUGUAGCAUUUCCCAACAUGACCAGGAAUCUUGUGAGAAGGAAAAUAUGAAAGCUACUGAAAGGAAACAUGAAAGCUCGUAAACAAAAACUGCAGGCAGUUGCUGUUUUUUUCUCAUAAAAAUGAAGCAAAAAAUACGAGUGGGGUUUUAAAGAAACCAGUUGUGAGCGUCCUAAUAGAACUUUAGAGUUCAGCAGUGAUUAGUUUCUCUUCUAUCUUGAUUAACGUUGAUUCUAGUGACUUUUUCUAGAUGGAUUUUAAAACUGAGCUAUGCAUUGUGCAACAGUGGGUUGUUUUUUAUUUUUUCUAUGUCAUUUAGUCAUAUCUAGUUCCACCCAUUAGUUAGGACUGGCCCAAUCACACGAUACCACCAGUGCUAGGAGGGCGAAGGCUGGCCUUGGCUUCUUCUGAGACCUGUGAGGAGCCACCGCAUGUUUUCUAACUGCUGCUCCCACAACGUCAUUGGACAGCUGAAUGCACUCGGAUGAAAGCGCCAAUUGCCACUUCUGUUAUGUCAGGUAACAGCUGCCUGUGCUGGCUAGUAUUGCUACUAGCGAGGUGUAAGUAGUACUAGUAAGCGAUUUGGGGGGAAGGGGACCACCCUACCCACCCAGAGAGAGGGCAGUUGUGCUCUCUUGGAUUCCCGGCCACGGACGGCUUUAACACCACCGGCGAUGGAACUCACGAUCUCAAGAUCAUAGGGCCAACGCUUAGAUGGUUGUGAGAGGGAUGUUCUUAAUGUUACUCAUUGAGUCCAACAGCUCAGAGCGUUCGUCGUUGGAUCCACAGCACUGGAUGAUCUCCGAAAUCGCACUGAAAGAGCCGUGAGAGCAGCGACGCCCGACACGCUCAGUCCAGUAUCAGUCCAUACAGCUGGAGGAGGUUCAGACUGAGACCUUGUAAUAUUACAUAAUAAACUUUAUGCUCAUUUAAACCAUUUACAGUUCACUGCAUUGUUUUGUAAUGAUUUGCAAGGGAAAUAAAUCAUGUUGAUUAAUCUUUUUGAAUCACCCUGUAUUAUAAAAGGUUUUAUCCUCACGUUUUACACCAGUAGCAGUUAAAUUGGCUCUAAAUUGCUCUGGUUUUGGGCAGUUUGGUUGUAUCUGCCAAGUCUACAUAGCUAAUUAGCAGUUUAUCAGUCAGUGAUACAAAACAAAUGAUGUUCAGUUCUUACACCACUUUGGCCUGAUCUUUUGACCCUUUAUGGGAUAUAAGGAUCCCUUAUUUUCUCCACUUCUUGGAUGAGUUUCUCCUCAUCCAUUUUGAGGCAGAAUAGCACAGUGACAAGGCAUCUGUCAAAAAUGAAUCGUACUCUGCCACUCAGCUGGCACACACUUCGUUGAUUGUGACAGGAGUGUUUUGGUUUUGUCGUUGGCUCUCACAUCACCUGCUGUUACGACAAGCUCUUCACAAUAAACCAUUAAUCUAUUAUUAAGCAUGGAAAAUACUGCUGAUAGUAUCAGGCUGGCAUGCAGGGAGAAGAUGCCCUGAGCUGUGCUGUGUGUAAAGUCAGUAAAACCAGGACUGGAGUUUGGAUAACAGGCAUCAAGCAUUCAAGAUGUUGAUUAGAAGUGCAUUUUUGACGGAUACCAAAACGCCCAUGUUAAUGCAGCCUUAUGAUUUCUUGGUUCAAACGGAUAAAGUGAGUGCAUGUGUACCAGUUACAACCAAAAGAAGAUCCAUUGGUUUUGCAGUUCUGUCCCCGUGUAUCUUAAAGUCACUAGUGAUCUGAGAUAUUUUGCUUCAUUAGUGGUGGGAAAGGUAUUGCACUGAAAAAAUGUGCCUUAGAGUGAAGGGAGCGUUUACACAAAAAAACAGGCAAAAGCAUUUUAAGAGUUCAAAUCCAAAGACUGUCUGUAGUUGAGGAGAAAGGAAGUGACUGUUAUUUCGGCUGUGGUGAAGGAGGCUGAGCAGAUUGCACAUCUCCGUUUAAACGAUUGAGGCUCAUGCACUGCGCAGUUCUGCACUAUUGAGCAAAAAAAAUCAUUGCGGUUUCGGAUUAUUGCGUCAAGUUGUCUGCGACAGUUAUGGUCUACGCAAACAGACUUUACGCCAGGCUUUAGACUAUUAUGCCUCGUCAAAGUCUGGGUGAAUAUUGGGUGAAAUUUAGAAGAGGUUGUCAUUUUUUUUUACUUUGAAAUACUGCACACAACUAGCAAUACCAGUUGUUAUAUUUGUUUUUAAAUCAGUUCAUAAACUGCCUCUAAACCACUCGUGUCAGUGCCACUAGCUAUGCUUAACACUAACCAUUACGAACUACUAGCUGUUAUUCCAAGAUCUGACCAUGAGGGUAUAUCCAAGGCUUUCGUUUAAAAUCAUUGAUUUUCACCCUUCAAGAACUUGAUCAUAUUGGACAUUUAAUACGCUGUCAUGAUUUCUUAUAUAGUCAGUGUUCUGCGCUUUGGGUCUGGUUGAGUAGCUAUCUUAUGUUCUAUUAGGUAUUAUCUAGGUUGCUACAGAGCGGAGGCAUUGCCAAGCAAAUUUGAUAUUGUCUAGGAUGAAUAGUUACCUUGGAAAUGAUAUCAAGUCUAAGGUAUAUUUAUUGUGAUAUUCAAAUGUACACUAUCUGAAAAAUAGAUUACUUUGAUGUUCAAAUGCAAUGGCUUUACACUAUACUCUAUGUUUAUAAAUAAAGCGCUGAAAAGAU